AUGUCUCGUCGGAAGAAGCGGAACAGUGCUAGCAAGUACAUGGUACAGUCGGAUGAACCACCACCCUGCCCUCAUGCUGAGAAAUCCAUAACUCCUAACAAGGUGAAGAACAAUUUCCCCCACGCAGUAUUCGGACGAUGUAGCGAAUGUUCGAUUAAAGAAAAGAUCUACUUAUGUUUGAAAUGUGGCAAACAGUUCUGUACGACACACGGUGACAAGCACUUCGAUCUCAACAACCACUCGCUAAACUUCGAGCUAGAUACGGCUGUGGUGAGGUGCAGUAAAUGUGCACGUGACCUUACCCUGCAGUCUCACUCGUCCAUACUGCGGGUUUCCAACCUUAUUGGGGACUUUUCUGAAGAAACAAAACGCCACAGCCGGUGUUGUUUCACCUAA